CUGAUUGUUAUCUCUUUACAAAGUAAAGCUCACAAACUAUUUAAUGCAGCGAAAUUUCUGAAAAGAGCUGUUCUCUUUUUUGUCAUCUUUUAACUGUCAAGUGUGUCUGAUGAUUCAAACAUAAUUUAGUGCAGCAAACCUACAGAUAUCCUCAAAUGAUCUAAAGAUAGGGCUACUUUAAUAUGGAGUCAGUGCUGAACCCAGAGUUACACAGACUGAGUGUUUCUGCGCCCGUCUGUCUCUAAUAGCCUCCUGCAGCGUCUCUCAAUGACAGUGUACUUGGCAGGAGGAAGGGACCAUAAGCUGUGCUCAGCUGUCGUCUGGCAGUACUUGGCAGCCGCUGUGUUGGCAUGUUUUAUUUCUGUGUGUACGUCCUAACGCAGUGCCACAGUAAGCUAUUAGUGUCUACCUUCACUCUGUCAUGGUCUCGUAAACCAUUAAUGGUAAAGCUGUUCUCCUGUUAUCAUAAAAUGCCAUGUGGACCCUUAAAAGAAUCUAUUAAUCUUGUUCAAAUGCUAAACAAAUCCACUAUAAACACAUUUCAGCUUGCAUAUUGAGAGAAUAGGUCUUAGUACUGUAGCUCCAUUUUUGUAAGCAACAAAGCAGGUAGCUUCUAAGUGGGAUUGAAUCUCUAUGUAAUCCACCAUCUGUUGGGCAAUGGGCAUCAUCCCGAGGUGUGUUACGCAGCUAAUCUGAUGCCAUUCAAUGCAUCAAGCUGUGGAGCAUCCAGCUUUACCUUUAAAACUGUGUUUGUGCCCUUGAGGAGCGUACCGUGCACCUCCUGCGGACAGAUCUGGGCUUCAGUAUGCUGCUUUAUUACAAAACACAGGUUGUUUCACAAAGAAUGGGACAGAAGAAUCAGAAAACAGAAAGCUCCAGCUGUGCUUCUACUGCAUCUCAGCAGACUACUGAAGGCCAGGACGAUCUCAUCCGGCCGAGGAAACUGUUCAACCCUGUCCUGGAGUCUUCCAGUCGAAGAGCUUUACAUCGUGAACUACUAGUCAGCCACAGAUGGGGUCUCCUGCCUGAACAGAAGCCAGAGCUGAAGCGGGUGCUGGAACAGAGGAGACUGGAGCAGCACAGAGAGAGAGAACAAGCUUCACAUCCGCCGUCUGACCUCGAGCAAGAGCUGCACAAGAGACGCCAGAGACUCCUGGCUUGUGAGCAAGAAGAGCUGAGACGCAGAGAGGACCUACAAAACAUGCCAGAGUUUGUUCGAGUGCGGGACAACCUGAGACACAUCACCAUCACAGGCUACUGAACCAACAGAAGAACUACGAAAACAAUGAAAUCCAUUUCCUCAAAGAACUGCUUUUUGUUCUGUCAGAGGGAAUCAUUAUCAUCAGCAUGAUUCAGUCAUUUUGUGUUGCGCUCUCUCACCGCAACCAUAUCUGAAAUGGCUUUUAAAGGGUUAGUUGACCCAAAAAUGACAAUUAGCACAUAAAUUACUCACCCUGAAGUCAUCAUAGAUGUAUAUACAGUCAGAGGUAUAUAAAAAACUGUUUUUGAUCUUUCAAGCUGUUUAGUGGCACUGAGUGGGUGUUGCAGUGCAUCAGUCCAAAAGAAGUAAAAUAAAAAGCGCCCCUCCUUAACAAAAAGUGUCUCACAUGGCUCCGAGGGGUGAACACAGUCCCACUGUAGUGAAUCAAUGUGUUUUUGUAAGAAAAAUAUCAAUAUUCAAAAUGUAAUAAUCACUUUAAUUAUCUUGCACCAACAGUUGUACACAGAAGCAGUUCGGGAGCAUGACGUCUGAGGUCAGCGAAAUCCUCCGAAAUUCUUCUUUACAAAUCCUCGUUUCGUACUAAUUAGUAAUUAAAUCGAAUUUGUGACCAUUUUGCUUUGAUCUCUCCGCUUUUAAAUGAGCUUUUUUCCCCAGCUAGACAUGCUGUGAGCAAGAGACUGUACUAAAAAUCAAGCCUGUCCACUGUUCUAUAUUCUUGUUCACUCGAAAAUACGUCACAAAACUGAAGUUGGUCACCAUUUCCAGUUCACAUGGACAUGGAUUUCAAAUUGAGACGUGGUCACAUUAGCAAAACCUAGGUAAAAAUCUACUGUUGACUGUCCAUUUAUCAAGUGUUGUGAUGCACAAAGUCACUUCAAAUUAAAGUAGCUUUACAUUGCUCAACAUGGCGAAUUUGGGUUAAUAUGAAUCCAAUGUGAAAUCUGUAUAAUAAAAUGCAGAAUUACACAUUGCGCUAUUUUUAAUUGAGAUGGAUGCAUUUUGUCCCAC